UGGGAGGGCGUGCGGCGAGGGGUGCAUGCAGGGCCCUGGCGCAGCGCUGCCCCUGAGCGCAAGAGAGCUGGGUCCUGCGCGGCAGGGCUCUGUCGCCUGGUACCGUCCGGAGGACGGUCAGGGCUGCAGCUGGCCGCAGAAGCCGCAGCCACCGGAGCCAUGCGCCAGUUCCCCGGCCCUGUGGCCCUGGGACCGCGGCUCUGAGUACGGGCCUCCUGGGACGCUGGCAUGGCCCGAGCCCGCGUCCCCCCGGCCGGACGAGGAUCGUGCAGCUGCAGCCGGCAAGAGCCCGGCCCACAGUCCAGUCACUGCGCGCCGCCUAAGCGGCACCUUGGAGACUCUGGCCCACGGCACCCAUGCGCAGGGCGCCACGGAUCCUUACCCCGUCGUCCCCGCGCGCACACUGGCCCUGGACGAUCCCUCUCCGCAAGACGGUUCCCUUGUCUUCUGGCCGGGAUUCUCCAAGGCGUCUCACCACAUGGGCCGGCUCCGAAACGCCAAAAUCCACGUGGAGAGAGCUGUCAAGCAGAAGAAGAUUUUUACGAUCCAAGGCCGUUACCCAGUGAUACGGGGUCUCUUGCGCCGGAGGGGUUGGGUGGAGAAGAAGAUGGUCCCUCACUCAGGCACCAGUCUGCUGCCAUCCCAGAAGGAUCUGGAUAGCUCAGCGAUGGGUGAUAGUGACACCACUGAGGAUGAGGAUGAAGAUGAGGAUGAGGAGUUCCGGCCACCAGAGCUUUUCAACUUCGAUGAUUUACUGGAAUUUGAUGACCUAGAUGGGACACAUGCUCUAAUGUCCCGCAUGGUUCGGAACGAGACCCCCUACUUCAUUUGGACCACUCGGCGGGAUGUGCUGGACUGUCGCUUCCUCUCCAAGGAUCAGAUGAUAAAUCACUAUGCCCGAGCUGGCUCCUUUACCACAAAGGUGGGUCUAUGUCUCAAUCUCCGGAAUUUGCCGUGGUUUGAUGAGGCGGAUGCUGACUCCUUCUUCCCACGCUGUUACCGCCUGGGGGCUGAGGAUGACAAAAAAGCCUUCAUAGAGGACUUCUGGCUGACAGCUGCCCGCAACGUUCUCAAGCUGGUGGUGAAGUCUGAGUGGAAGUCAUGCUCUAUCAAGGCAGAAAAGGAAGAGGCCUUGGGAAACAAGCAGCCCACAAAACAAGAAAAAAAGCUAGUGUCAGUGUCCCCAGAAUUUGUGGAUGAAGCUCUGUGUGCUUGUGAGGAGCACCUUAGCAACUUGGCCCACAUGGACAUCGACAAGGACCUGGAGGCCCCGCUGUACCUUAGCCCUGAGGGCUGGUCCCUCUUCCUGCAGCGCUACUACCAAGUGGUCCAUGAGGGGGCAGAACUCAGGCACCUCGACACUCAGGUCCAGCGCUGUGAGGACAUUCUGCAGCAGCUGCGGGCCGUGGUACCCCAGAUUGACAUGGAAGGGGAUCGCAACGUCUGGAUUGUGAAGCCAGGAGCCAAGUCCCGUGGACGAGGUAGGGGCAUCAUGUGCAUGGACCAUCUGGAGGAGAUGCUGAAGCUGGUGGACGGCAACCCCAUGAUGAUGAAGGACGGCAAGUGGGUGGUGCAGAAGUACAUCGAGCGGCCCCUGCUCAUCUUUGGCACCAAGUUUGACCUGAGACAGUGGUUCCUUGUGACUGACUGGAACCCACUUACUGUAUGGUUCUACCGAGACAGCUAUAUCCGCUUCUCCACGCAGCCCUUCUCCCUGAAGAACCUGGACAACUCGGUGCACCUGUGCAACAACUCCAUUCAGAAGCACCUGGAAAACUCGUGCUCUCGGCAUCCGUUGCUACCUUCAGACAAUAUGUGGUCCAGCCAGAGGUUCCAGGCCCACCUGCAGGAGAUGGGGGCCCCAAAUGCUUGGUCCACCAUCAUUGUGCCCGGCAUGAAGGCUGCCGUGAUCCAUGCGCUUCAGACCUCCCAAGACACUGUGCAGUGUCGGAAGGCCAGCUUCGAGCUCUAUGGUGCUGACUUUGUGUUUGGUGAGGACUUCCAACCUUGGCUGAUCGAGAUCAAUGCCAGCCCCACUAUGGCACCCUCCACAGCUGUCACCACCAAGCUCUGUGCCGGUGUGCAAGCAGACACCCUGAGGGUAGUCAUCGACCGGAGGCUGGACCGCAACUGUAACACGGGAGCCUUUGAGCUCAUCUAUAAGCAGCCUGCUGUGGAGGUACCCCAAUAUGUGGGUAUCCGGCUCCUGGUAGAGGGCUGCACCAUCAAGAAGCCUGGGGCAAUGUGUCAUCGGCGGAUGGGGAUCCGCCCAGCAUUCCCUCAUCUGCUGACCCAACGAGGCUCUGGGGAAGGCAAGGACUCAGGGAUCCUCACCCACAGGUCAGCUUCUAGGAAAGUUGCUGGGGCCAGGAGCCUGGGGCACAAUGAGAAGCCAGACUCCACUGUCAUCACCUCGGCUCCCGGAAAGGGGAAGAAAGCCCCUUAUUGUUUCCCCAACCUCCACACCAAAGCCCGGCUACCUUCUCCCCAUGUGGUCCGACCCCAGGGGCGAGUCCUCAGACUGCAGCACAGCAAGCUGGUGGGCUCUAAGGCCCUGUCGACCACAAGCAAGGCAGUGAUGACUCUACCUACAGCCAAGGUUUUGAUUUCCCUCCCACCUAACCUUGAUCUCAAGCAGACAUCCAGCAUCCCGAAGCCAAGAAAGGCCGUUGCUCCCCCGUGCCUUCGAGGCCCCCAACUUGGAAGUGCCUGGUGGCCUCUGUCCUUAGAAGUUGGAACUCUUCCUAGCACCCACAGGAUGGUGAAGGCCAAAGGCAAGUUCAAGGCCAGACUCUGCGACAACCCCAAGGCUGAGGCAUACCCCAUGAAGAAGCUGAGCUUCCUAGAACCCCUGCCCCUUACUGAUACCUUCCAGAAGCCGGGUUGCAGGGGCUAUGUGGCUAAGGAAGCCCCUGCUUCAAUCCCCACUGCCCCUGUCCUGCAUCUAUCAACAAAUAAAAAAGAACAAGUAAUGUAUUCUGGGCUCGGUCCCAUUGCCAUUGGGGGUUGGAGAGCAAGCCCAUCUACCCAAAGUCUACAGAAAUAGCAAGAGUCCAUGAGCAGUUCCCAUCUAGUGACACCAAAGGGGCUUCCUGUUCAGGGUCUCCAUAGCAUCUCAAAUACUUGGGUGGCAGUGGGAAGGAUAAGCUUUUGCUUAUUCUUCAGACAAGAAAACUGAGUCUGAAAGAGGAAGUCCAACAUGAUGUGGCUGUGAGUAGAAGGCAAGGUCAUAAUGCCAGAAAGGCUGACCACUGGGAGUCCUCCCAACGCCAGAUUAGUGGGGCUGGCAGCAGAUUGACAUUCUAUUGGACAUAGGAACAUUUAUGCCAUGAGAUAUAUGGCAAUAUAGGGAAAGGAUCAAUCUUGCUUAAACCCCAGCCCUUUUCUAGAGGAAGCAGUUUGUCCCUUUCCAAGCAAGGGUCAUGGUCACCUAAGAAUGAAAUAUCCAACAGGCCAUCCAUGUGAAAAAGUAUGGUAUUUCCAGGCAGUGCCUGUGGAUCAGUGGGUAGGGCAUCGGCCCCAUAUACUAAGGGUGGCGGGUUCUAACCCCAGCACUGUGGCGGGCACCUAUAGUCCCAGCUGCCUCGCUCUGUGGGGCCAGGUGUGGUGGCUCACACCUGUACUCCUAGCACUCUGUCAGGCCAAGGCGGGUGGAUUGCUUAAGCUCACAGGUUUGAGACCAGCCUGAACCAGAGCGAGACCUCGUCUCUAAAAACAGCCAGGUGUUGUGGCAGGUGCCUGUAGUCCCAGCUGCUACAGGGGCUGAGGCAAGAGAACCACUUGAGCCCAAAAGCUUGACGUUGUUGUGAACUCUGACACCACAGCAUUCCACGGAGGGUGACAGUGACACUGUCUCCAAAAAAAAAGAAUACAUUUGUGGGGCAGGGCAGUGGCUCACACCUGUAAUCCUAGCACACUGGGAGGCUAAGGGGGAUGAAUUGCCUGAGCUCACACGUUUGAGACCAGCCUGAGUCACAGUGAGACCUUGCUCUAAAGACAGCCCAGAAUUGUGGCAGGCACCUAUAAUCCCAGCUACUCGGUAGGCUGAGGCAAGAGAGUUGCUUGAGCCCAAGAGCUUGAGCUAUGAGCUAUGACACCCACUCUACCAAGCGGUACAGUGAGACUUCCUCUCAAAAGAAACAGAAAAAGAAUAUAUUUUUUUUCUUGGGGCUGGGCAUGGUGGCAAAUGCCUGUAAUCCUAACACUCUGGGAGGCCAAGGCGGGUGGAAUUGCCUGAGCUCACAGAUUCCAGACCAACCUGAGCCAAAGUGAGACCAUAGCUAAAAAUAGCCAGGUGUUGUGGCAGGCACCUGUAGUCCCAGUUAUUUGGGAGGCUGAGGCAAGAGAAUUGCUUGAGCCGAAGAGCUGGACAUUGCUGUGAGCUAUGAUGCCAUGGCAUUCUACCAAGGGCGACAGUGAGACUGUCUCAAAAAAAAAUACAUUUGUGGGGCCAGGCGUGGUGGCUCACGCCUGUAAUCCUAGUACUCUGGGAGGACGAGGCGGUUGGAUUUCCUGAGGUCACAGGUUUGAGAUCAGCCUGAGCCAGAGCAAGAUCUCAUCUCUAAAAACAGCCAGGUGCUGUGCGGGUGCCUGUAGUCCCAACUACUCAGGAGGCUGAGGUUGCUGCAGGCUAUGAUGGCAGGGCACACUACCAAGGGGGACGGUGAGACUCUGUCUCAAAAAAAUAAAAAUACAUUUGUGGGGCCAGACGUGGUGGCUCAAGCCUGUCAUCCUAGCACUCUGGGAGGCCAAGGUGGAUGGAUUGCCUAAGUUCACAGGUUCGAGACCAGCCUGAGCCAGAGCGAGACCUCGUCUCUAAAAACAGCUGGGUGUUGUGACCAGUACCUGUAGUCCCAGCUACUUGGGUGGCUGAGGCAAGAGAACUGCUUGAGUCCAAGAGCUUGACAUUGCUGUGAGCUGACACCAAAGCACUCUAUGGAGGGCAACAGUGACACUUUCUCAAAAAAAAAAAAAAAAAAAAAAAAGAAUACAUUUUGGGGGCUGGGCAUGGUGGCUCACACCAGUAAUCCUAGCACACUGGGAGACUGAAAGGGGUGGGAUUGCCUGAGCUCACAGGUUCGAGACCAGCCUGAGCAAGAGAGAGUCCUUACCUCUAAAAACAGCCCGGAGUUGUGGUGGGCACCUAUAGUCCCAGCUACUCUGGUCGACAAGGUGA